AUGAUUCGUCAAAAGAUUUAUUUUUGUGAUCAUCAAGAUCAAGAUCAAUAUAAAGAUAUCUCCAUGAAGAAUGAAAGUCAUGAAGAAAAUCAAUUUGCCACUGAUUUAAAUUCAAAUUCAAAAUCAAAUUUCGAUUGCAUGCAAUCAAUGAUGAUUGUUAUUCCAUGUCCACUUGAAUCAAAACAAUAA